UACGACCGACCACUUACAUCAUUCGAAUGCAAAAGACAAAUCAAUCGAAGCCGAAGUAACGAGUAAUCUUAAAAGACAAUUUCAACUGAGUGCGUAACAACCCCCUAGGGUACAGCGUCCUACUUGUCUGCGUUUGAGUCCUUGUAUAAUGAACAAUACGCAUUAUAUAAAUAUAGGACGAGUCUUUUAUUUUCAACUGCCCUGACAACGUAACGGUGCAAAAGUACUGUACGACAAAAGACUCACCCUAUACAUAUCCAUUUCAAAUGUCCACAAAAAAUCUAUAAAUAAAAGACGCUUCUGACCGUGCGGUCCAUUCGAAAAAAUGAAGUCGCUCAGGUUGUGUUUUACUUUGGUAUUAUGUCAUCUGGUAGUGUUGAACGUUAAAGAAACUACUCAGGACAGUGAUGCAAGAGGCGAUGACGACGUACCCAAAGAUAUAUCGAUUUACUUCCGUAGGCCGAUUUACACGGAUGGCAGUGUGACGCCUAAAGAGGUUCAAACACAUUUGGCCUAUUUGCCCAUGUCCGCCAAAGGAAGAGCUAGAGUUGCCGUUAAUUUUGGCAGCAAACGAGGAAACCAAUUUAAAAAUUUUAUGUUGGCCAAAGAUACGUACAAAGAACCGGACCAGAUAAAAAAAGAAUCGUACAUACCAGUCAAGGUGAACGGAAAACGAGGGGAUGAAACUGUUUUUCCUGAACGUUUAGGUAUUUACACAGAUUCUAGUUACAUGGAUCCAUUUCAGAAAUGGAUAUUAUCGUCACCGUAUUAUCAAUAAUAGCAGAUGCAGCGGUCUGUUCUCAUUCAUAAUAGUUUCAUCAACGAUAAGAUAAGCAUGGUUGUAGAAAGAUUCUUCAAUUUUUGGUGUCUGCAAUUAAAUUAAAAAAUAAAUAUAGUUAAUUAACAUUAAUUAUUUUAUACCUUACAUUAUGAAAUAUAUUAGUCAUUUAACUAUUUCCAAUGGUUUUACGUGCUUUUUUAUUUUAUUAUUCCAACACUUUUACAACAUAUUUUACAGUCAUUGCACAUUAAACAAAAAUAACCUAUACAAAUUAUAGCCCAUACUUUUAUCAUAUUUUAUCGAUCCAUAUCCUAGAAAUACAUAUUUGAAAAUUCAUCAAAAAUUCAGAGUAGGUAGUAAAAAACGUAUCAAUUAAUUGUAUAUCAAUCUAUAUUUUUUUUUUGGGGGGGGGGGAAGGGGGCUAUUUAAAUACUGCGGAUUUAGCAUUUUUAAUUUUCUCAAACUUCCGCCUUCAGAGAUAAAUUAUUGUAACAUCUCUGGCCAGUCCGUUAUUGUCGACAGUUUAAAAAAUAUAGGUACUCAAGAAAGUAAAUUAUGAAAGUGAUUAUGCUUCUUUUAAUUAAAAUUGAAUUUACAAAA